UUCAGCGUUAGCCGGCAGUACUCAUCAUCAGGCCGCCUCUUUGACAUCAUGGCAAUGCUACAUUCCGAACGGUUUGUAAAUAUUGUACGCAUUACCCGAUUUUGUGCCAAUGUCUGUGGAGCUGAUGUUUUCGAUGCGAAUUAUCGAGUCAAUAUUCGUACCGCAUUCGUGUUGACUGUCAUUGGAAGUUCGUUUGCCUUCCUUGCCUACACUAUGAUCGAUGGCUAUGCCAAGGAGGGGGAUUGGACCAUUAUUGUCCAGGUGUUGGCAUUGGCGGGUGGAACUUUGUUGCAGGGUUUCUGUGUUUUUCUAACCUUCAUCAAAGAACAGGAAAAUCUACGUUUCCUUCUGACCGAAUGUUAUGACAUCUACGAGAAGUAUGAACGUAUGGACUCUGAUUAUCGUGUAUACCUGGACAGGGGAGUGCGUUUGCUGGCCAAACUGAUGAAGUUGAGUGCCUUUAUAAAUGCCAUGCUGGUCUUCGGCAUGAGUUCAUUUACAUUUUUGUACAAUUUCAUUUAUGGAACCAAGGCGACAAUUGUCUAUGCCUUUGCUCCGGGUCUCGAUGUUGCAACCCCUGUGGGUUUUUGGGCCACCAAUUUUAUACAGGCAGGAUUCAUUGCUGUCGGGGGUUUUGGUUUGUAUUCGGGCGAUAUGUCGGUAUUGACUCCAAUUUCCCAAAUUCCCACCUUCCAGGGAAUAUUGCAGUGUAAAUUUCGUGAAAUCAAUCAGCUGCUGGAUGACGACUAUGAGUCGGCGGAGGAGAGGGGCAUAAAAACCAUGGCAGCUUUGAAGGAUAUUUUGGAAUUUCAUCAGAAAUAUUUAAUAUUUCUCAAGGUCAGCCGGGAGGCCAGCUAUUGGAGUGUAUUUGCCAAGGUUGGCACCUGCAUAAUCGGCAUUGUUGGUGCCCUAUUCUGCAUAAUGUUGGGAUCCUGGCCAGCUGGAUAUAUUUAUAUGCUCUACUGCUUUGUCAUGAUGCAGGUUUUUUGUGUCAUGGGAACCCUGGUCCAAAAGACAAACGAUGAUUUUAUACAUGCCUGCUACAAUGAUGUCCGCUGGUAUGACCUCACCAUCCGUGAGAAGAAAAUGUUAAACAUCAUGCUAAUAAUGACCCAGAAUACCAAGGGCCUAAGCGUUGGAUCGGUAAUUCCGCUGUCUAUGAAUACGGGUCUGCAGGUGACCAAGACGAUUUACUCGCUAACAAUGCUGUUGAUGAAUUUUGUUAUUGAAAAUGAAGCAUAAGUUCAGGAGGUUUAAUAUGAAUGGAUUUGAAAUAAA